AAUAUGGCGGCAUCCGUUACACCUCUACGCUCCUCCUUCAGGAUUUGCGGCUCGUUAACCGCCCACCAUCACCGCUGCCCCACCAAGCUGCGGACACGCGGAAAACACGAGGCUCAGCGGAGACCCCUACAUGUUUCCGCGUGGAGGUGUGCAGCUGUGGUGAUUUCGGGAACAGAGUUGGCUCGACAGAUUCACAGAGAGACCCAACGGGAUGUGGAGGAGCUCGUGGCUCAGGGAAACCCGAGACCCCACCUUGGAGUGGUCUUGGUGGGAGAUGACCCGGCCAGCCGCGCCUACGUUAGGAACAAGACCCGGGCAGCCAGCAUCUUGGGUAUUUCCAGUGACACGGUGGUUCGGCCUGGCUCCGUGUCCCAGGAAGAGUUGCUGGAGCUGAUUGACAAAAUGAACCGUGAUUGGAGGGUCAGUGGCCUUUUGGUGCAGCUGCCUCUUCCAGACCACAUCAAUGAACGAGCUGUAUGCAACGCCAUUGCUCCAGAGAAGGAUGUUGAUGGUUUCCACAUCGUGAAUAUUGGGAAGCUGUGCCUGGACCAGAGAUCCAUGGUACCUGCAACACCUGCAGCUGUCUGGGAGAUCAUCAAAAGAGCAGGCAUUGAGACUGUGGGAAAGAAUGUGCUGGUUGCCGGUCGCUCCAAAAAUGUUGGAAUGCCCAUUGCAAUGCUGCUGCAUACCGACCGCCACCACGAACGCCCAGGAGGUGAUGCCACGGUGACCAUCGCUCACAGGUGCACCCCGAGGGAACAGCUGAAAGAGCUCACCAGCUUGGCCGACAUCGUUAUCGCAGCUGCAGGUGUUCCUGGGCUGAUCACAGCUGACAUGGUGAAAGAAGGUGCAGCAGUCAUCGACGUGGGCAUAAAUCGCAUCCAGGACUGGAACACGGGAAAGGUCCGGCUCAUCGGGGAUGUCGACUUUGAGGGAGUGAAGGCGAAGGCAGGGCUCAUCACUCCUGUUCCUGGAGGUGUGGGUCCGAUGACUGUAGCCAUGCUCAUGAAAAACACCGUGACUGCAGCCAGAAACGCACUGAUGCAUUAAAACGGCACACACCUUACAGAUAAUACUGCACACACACACACACACACACACACACACACACACACA